CAUUGUGUGAUUAAUACCACAUCCUUCUUUCUGCAGCUUUGGUUUUACGAUGCUGCAGUGAAAGCCUGUUUUGGGGUGAGUAAUGGGUGAAUCUUUAACCUACUUCUCUGUGUGUACAUGUGUUUAUAUGUGAACUGUGGAAACUCAGUGUUUGGACAGAGAAGGGACAGAAGAGUUACAAAUUGGGACAACAGGAACACACACAGGAGAGACAGACCAGAAAGGGCAGAUGAGAUCGUUAUAGUUGGUCUACUACAUCGAGUUAACUACACCUUGUUUUGUUUUUUAAGUUUGUCUUCUUGUUUUAACAGAUCGUGAGCUAAUCGCUAGUCAUUUAAAGCUUUUCAAGCACAGUGCGCCACCAUUUGCAGUGAUGGCUACAGCCGCAGUGGAGUUGAUGGGCUUCUUCUUGGGCAUCCUGGGUAUGAUUGGCAACUUGGUGGCCACCUUGUUGCCCUACUGGGAAAUCACGGCCCACAUUGGCCCGAACAUUGUCACGGCCAUGACAAACAUGAAGGGCCUGUGGAUGGCGUGUGUCCACCAGAGCACCGGAGUCUUCCAGUGCGCGACCUACAACACCAUCCUCGGCCUAUCCACCGACCUACAGGUGGCCCGGGCCAUGAUGGUCAUCUCAAUUAUCUUAUCUGUCCUUGCCUGUGCAGUGUCCAGCAUUGGGAUGCAGUGCACCAUGUGCAUGGACGGCUCCUUGGCAAAGACGAAAGUGGCUGGAGCCGGAGGGUGCCUUUUUUUAACAGCCGGUCUUCUGUCACUCAUUCCCAUUUCCUGGAAGACCAACGAAGUAGUGCAGACCUUCUACCAGUACAACCUACCCGACAGCCUGAAGUUCGAGAUCGGGGACUGCCUGUAUGUCGGAAUUGCCUCGUCUCUCACGUCUCUGCUAGGCGGAGGGCUGCUAAGCAUAUCCUGCUACACUGACCUAGAAGCACAGCGAGGAUUCAGACACUACGGUAGAGGUUACCCGUAUCCUGAACGCAUGGGAAAACAUGGCACGGGUCGUGGCGUCUCACAUUCGAUGCCCUUCCACCCGUCAGCCACUCUGCAGAGUGCAAUCAACAUGAACUCCACCAAUAGAAACCAGACUCUGGUCAGCCAAAUCAGUAGCAGUAGCCACUCCACAACUGGCGUCGGAGACUCCAGGAAACCAGCACGCCAGAAAACGACAGCUAGUUAUGAUGUCACCGGGUAUGUCUGAAGAUUUUGCCAAGGUGCUGUUUUGCACCAUGAACUUGAAAAGACUUGACUGUUAAAAUUCAACUUGUGAAUACAGCUUGGAUUUUGGAAAAAGGUGUUUUAUAAACUACACAUAUUCAUAGUAUUUUCAUAGCUAACAGAAGUAUU